CGGACGACAGCUGCUCGAGACGGAGACGCGCUGACAGGACGGUGGCGGCGGCGGCGGAGGAGGAGGAGAAAGCGGAGAAGAGCGGGAGACCUGAGAAGCCAACAGUGAAAACAUGCAUCAUCCCUGAAGACUGAAUAAUCCACUCUUCCUGAACUGCAAUGGAAAAUUCAGUAAAGUCUUUGCCCAUGACUGACAUGCAGGGUAAUCAGUUUGUCGCCUGGGACAAGAUGACUGAUCUGGAGAAGGACUGUCCUGUGGUGCCAGCUGUUAUUGAUGACGACCUGUUAAAGCAAUAUGCCAGGCAAGGUUACUGGGCAAAGAGCCAUUCUCUAAGAGGUAAAAUAUAUGAACAAAUCAUCAAAGCUGUGCCGUGCAGGACUGUGACUCCUGAUGCUGAGGUGUACAAAGAUAUCGUGGAGAAAAUUACUGGGAAAUGGAACACUUCCACACUUUCGCUGCCAGAAUUUGUGGAUGGGAGUACCAUCCCGAACUAUUGCCUGAACGUGGAUGGGAUUGAUGCAGUCAGGAAGAUUCUGCUGUGCAUAUCCAGCCAGUUUCCAGAUAUCUCUUUCUGUCCUGUGCUUCCAUCAAUUGUGGCGCUGCUCCUACACUACAGUGCAGGCGAAGCCGACUGCUUCGAGAAGGUGUGCCGUCUCCUGGCCUGCAAUGACCGCACAAAACAUUUCUUCGACCAAACGUUUCUGGCAUACGAAUCCUCCUGCAUGACCUUUGGAGACCUAGCCAACAAAUACUGCCAGGGUGCUCACAAGCUGAUUGUGAGUUCUUCAGAGGAUGUACUUGAGGUGUACUCUGAUUGGCUGCGAUGGAUAUUUGGAGAACUUCCCUUUAACUAUACAGCCCGCGUGUUGGAUAUCUUUUUUGUUGAAGGGUGUAAGGUCCUGUAUAGAGUGGCAUUGGCUCUCCUCAAGUUCUUCCAAAAAUCUAGAGCCAAGCAGCCUGGGAAAUCUGCCAACAUUCGAGCUGACGUUCGGAGUUUUGUCCAGGAGAUCAACAAACAUGUCUCGGUUGAGAAGCUUUUGGAGAAGGCUUUUGCCAUCCGUUUAUUCUCCAGGAAAGAGAUCCGUUUGCUCAGAGAUGCUAAUGAGAAAGCGCUAAAGAAAAAAGGCAUAACUGUAAAUCAAAAGAGAGAAAGACACAAUGUUCACCUAGCUGUCAAUGUUGAAAAUUUCACAUCUAGUAUUGUGAGUGCAAAGGAGAUGCGAGAGAUUUGGUCCUGGAUCCCAGAACGAUUUGCGCUUUCCCAGCCACUGUUGAUCUUCACUACUUUGGACCAUGGUUAUAGUUUGAACAGAUUUUAUGCUCAUUGCGAGGGGUAUGAGCCAACCAUCAUUCUCAUCAGAACCACAAAGGACGAGGUCUGUGGAGCCUACCUUUCAACAGACUGGAGCGAAAGAAGGCGAGGGGGAAACAAGUUGAGCUAUUUUGGCACAGGGGAAUGCUUUGUCUUCAAGCUGCAACCUGAGAUGGUGCGAUAUGAAUGGGUUAUCAUUAAACAUCCAGAGUUGGAAGCAGCUAAAGGUACAGCUAAAGACGCAACGGCAGAGUUCCCUCAGCAGCCUGAUGUUCUGGGCGCAGAGUUACCCGAGGACAUGGGUUUAGUUGCUUCCUCCGAAGACCCCUCGGACAGGUUAUCACCCUUUCUUGCUGCUCGUCACUUCAACUUGACCACCAAAGCAACAGCGAUGUUCAUGGCUGGAAGUCCAGAAUCCAUUAUAGUCGGUGGUGGUGGCUGCCCUGCGUUGUACAUCGAUGAGAAUCUGAACCGUGGCACGACUGGACGCUCCAGCACCUUUAACAACCAUCCUCUGUGCUCGGAAACUUUCCAGAUCAGCAUGCUGGAGGUGUGGGGCUUCCAGGACAACGUGUACAGCUGAAGGCAUCAUAUCGUAUUUCCAGGGAGCUCUUCAAUCAUAUCGUCCCUUUUUAUACAGGAUCCGGCAUCUGCCCACUGAGCUGGAUUCCUGCGAAGAUGUUUCUGAUGGUGCAGUAUUAUUUUUACCUCCGGCGCUGAGUUAGAAGUAGGAGAAUUAAUCAGAUUUUGGUGAGGAGGUAGAAAUCAGGUCCACUGUGAUAGCACUCAAAGAGCAAAAAAACUGCAGGAAAACUAAUUUUAAAAAUGUUGGAGAUCUCUGGUAUCUGAGGAGAGAGAGAGAGAGAGAGAGAGAGAGAGAGAGAGAGAGAAACUGUUCAUGAUGACUGGCAUUGAAUUGAAAAGUUAAUUCUGUUCCUCUUUCCACAAAUGCUAUUUGACUCUUGACUAUCUCCAGUGUUUUUCUUUGAUGGAAGUACUAUCUGUAUGUUUUUGACUUGCAUAUCUUAAAUAGAACACAAAGUGCUGGAAUAACUCAGCAAGUUAGGCACCAUCUCUGAAGAACAUGGAAAUGCAAAGUUGGGGUUGGGAUCCUUCAGACUGGAGUCUAGAAUCUGACCAGCUGAGCUACUCCAGCACUUUGUUCUACACAGGAUUCCAGCAUCUCCUGUGUCUACACUUAUCAUAAACCUGUCUGUAGCAAAUGUUUCAGCCAUGUGAAUUGGUCCCUCUGUAAGGAAGUUAAAUGCCGUUCAGUGAAAUAGCACUAUAUUUCAUUUGCUGUACUGUGAAUAUGCUAGAAAUUUGACCUCGGCCGUGUGCACUUGAUGUAGAAUGCAGGAGUGUCGUCCACCUCCGGCUUCAGUGGAGCUGAAUUUCAGAUGUGGAGUACAAUAAGCAGAACCAUCCUUAUGCUUGGGACAAAUUCCUAAUCCCUAUUCUGUCUUUCUAAUACGUUAUUUAAAAUGGUUGUUCAUUAAGUUGUCAUGAGAAAUUAAGUUCCAAUGUGCACUGUAUCAGAUGAUAACCGUGCACUGAUGAUGUGGGAGACUGUUUCUGUGCAUGAUGAGGUUGGAACAAUGCCACUGUUUGUAGGGAGCUGACUGCCAAGCAAAUUGGGUUCAUUUAUGAACAUUACUUAAAGAAAAGUUUGCUUUUAAUCUAAUUUGGUCAAUGUUAUGCACAGUUCUAAAAGUUUUUUUCAUAUCAUUUCAGUAUUGUUUUUUAAUUUGCACUUUUCAAGCUAAAUGCAGGUAGCAAAACAAUAUUUCUCGUCAAGUGCACUAUUUUACUUUAGGUGUAGACUUGAUGAGGCCAAAGGUUUGCCAACUGCAAGCUACGCCUAUUCAUCCUCUACAUCAAUUACUGCCCUCAGCUAACCCUGAUAUAUGUUGAGAUUCUGUCUCAAGGAGCAACUACACUUAUCCUUAUCUCAUCCAUAGCCCAGUUUUGGAAACAUAGAAAAUAGGUGCAGGAAUAUGCCAUUCGGCCCUUCGAGCUAGCACCGCCAUUUAAUAUGAUCAUCCACAAUCAGUACCCCAUUCCUGCUUUCUCUCCAUAUCCCUUGAUUCCGUUAUGGAAUCUCUUGAUUCUCUCUGGAAAACUCUUAUCUUGAAAACAUCCAGAGAAUUGGCCACCACUGGAAUUUUCUGCCACAGAUUCAUAACUCUCUGGGUGGAAAGGUUUUUCCUCUUCUCAGUCAUAAAUGGCCUACAAAUUAUUCUUAAACUUUGAACCCUGGUUCUGGACUAGCCCAACAUCGGGGACAUUUUUCCUGCACAUAGCCUGUCCAAUCCCUAAAGUAUUUCAUGUUUCUAUAAGAUUCCCUCUCAUCCUUCUAAAUUCCAGUCAAUAUAAGCUCAGUCGAUCCAUUCUUUAGCAGCUAUUGCUGGCACGCUGGGGAUCAGUUCAUCAAUGCUGGCUCCCGAGUGCAGCUGGCACCUUUGACAUAAUGGCGUGGCUGACUCAGGGAAUCUAUCAUUGCUUAUCAUAAAUGAUGUUAAAAAUAGUUAAAUGUCAAGCAGAAGUGUGCACAAGUAACAAUUCUUUCCACAGUAUUCUACAUCCUUUAAAAACAAACUGAAUGAUAACGCUCAGUGUUAUGAUCAAUCUCUUGAAAGCAGUUGCUCGUUUGUUUACAUAUAGUGGAUGUCAUGUCUCCUGAAUUUUGUACGCCUGUCCUUUCAUACCACGACUAGAAGAUGAAGAUUCACUCAAACUUUGUUCUCCCCAACCAGGUGAAGUGUAAGCUGAAACUUUGAGCAGGUAAAAUUCCUUCAACACAAAUCUUCAGAACAUAGAGAAGUCUUUUUGACCAUCUUUAAUCAAGGAGAUGGUUGUGAGCUUCAUUUAAAAAAAAAAAAAAAAAUGUUUUAAGGUGUACCAUCUUGGUUUGAGCGUGUGUAAAUUGCUUUCAUCUGUUAGCCGUUUAAAAAUUCCAAUGUUCCCACCAAUAUGAAAAAGGAAUUGCAAUGUCAUUUUAACACCUCAUCUCAAAACCACUGGUCCUUACUAGAAAAUGGUCCCAUCCACUGGUUUGAAAUAAGAAUUAUCCUGCUUGCAAUACAUGAAUUAAAGAUGCCUGUCAUACAUUGGAUAGAAGUGCCCCAGUCAUGCUCUCACAUUUGUGCAGAGCAUGAAGUUGGGGCCACCAUUUCCAUCUCUCUCCUUGGUCAUUUAUUUUACUUGAGGUGCUUCAGGGAAAUCAGCGGUUUGGGCAUCAAGCUGCUGCUUAACCCAUUGGAUAUCCCAACUCCCGGCAAAAGAUCGCUCAUCUUUAAAUCCACCCUUCAGAAUUGCUUGUGUGGAAAAAGAGUUUAAAAAAAAAAAAAAAAAAAUUGUCUUCAGUAUCUUGUCUGAAGUCGAGCUUUUAAGAUAACGCAUGACAACCUUCACUAACUGGACACUGAAUGACAAAUGGUCGUGAAAAGCAAUGACCGCAAUGGGGAUGCAGUAAGAGGGAGGGCUUGUACUUCAGUGUAAAAAAUCAUUGAAGCAUUGGCUGAUGUAACACAAGUCUGUUGGAUAUGAAAGAAACUGCCCUCAAAAUACCCCUUGCUGCACCAAUCCGCUUAAAGCCUGAGGGUCAGUGUGACAGAAGCUACUGCUUCUGGUCACUGCAUCAAGCUUGCCUGUUUGAAGGUCUCCCAUCACCGGUAUUCGUGGGUCAAUUGUUUCACUUUGGGUUAUAAUGUUUACAGAACAUUGGCUUCACAUUUGCCAACAUAUCUUGUAGAGAGCAUCCUGAAUUAUCAGAGUAAUUUUCAUUUGCUCAGGCUUUACAAGUUGAAUAAUCAUGAAAUCACUCCCAAGAUCACCAGUCAAAACUCAAAAUAUCAUGGUUCUUGGACAGUUCAAUUGUUGCUUUCACAAUUCAAUUGUUAUUUUAGAUAAGUGCAAUAUUUUUUUCUUAAAAUCAGUUAAUCAUAUCAUGGUAAACCUGGCAACAUACAGAAAUUAAGACUGCAUUAAGUGGGAUGUUUUUACAUGUGUCCCAGCCAAUAUCUAGCAGCAGGAAUGCCAGCAGUAGAGUUGUUCCUGCAAAACCAGUGGGCACACAGUGCCAUGUUUGUGGAAAAUGGGGACAGCUUUUUACUUUCAUAACCAAACCAUUGUAAAUAUCACAAUGCAACUGUGACCUCGUGUUUGUAUUUCAUUCUAAUGCAUUACUCUUGUGAAAGUGGUCUAUUGUCAAUGUGAAUGUUCUCGGUAAGUGCUGUGUGUGAUAUUAGACUUGUCAAUUCUAUUUAUUAAGUAUUAUGUUUGAAGCCAAUGACAGUUGGAGUGAGUGGUGUUUUUGGGUCCUUCAUUGUAGCCGUAACCCACCUGUCCCUCGAGCUUCGUGAUCUGUCUGUACCGAGCCCCUUCUGCAUUGUGAUAGCGCUGAGUGUUAUUGUGGCAUUGCAGCACUGUCUGGUUGCAUGCACACAGUGGUCCAUCCACACAAAGGACCCAGCCGGGAAGCAGCAAAUGCGAGAUCUCUAUUUCUGAAGCCCCUUAUAUGGUGGGUGGAGGAGCCCCACUAAUGACCCGAGACCCCACAUGAAAGUUAGAACCAGUCCAUUCAGCGAUGAUAUCUCCUGCCGUCCCUGUAGCCUACAUAUGCUCACAACUCCAACAAGCCUAGGUGUUUGUCUUUAAACUAUGUGAUCGAUACACAUCUUCUGCAACUUAAUUGUUAAUGUGUAAUUUUAAGAUUGCCCCAUGUAGAUAUAUUACUAGCUCUGUUUUCUACCCCUUAUUUUGCUUGCUGACACACUUGCGUCCUUAUGUGAGAGACCUUUGUACUAUGAAGUCUCAGUGGAGCUCUAUUCUGAUGCCAGUGCACCUGUAUUGGCAGCAGUCUGUUAGUACCAUUGAGUGAGUUGCAAGUGCUGAAACAAAGAACAUAUCCAUUGUGUCGGUCUAGUGGUGACUCUAUGGGUGAUGUGGACGAGACUCCAUUUUGUCAGAUCUUGGUUCUAAGCAUCUGUGUCACAAUGUGUUCUCGCUCAGCUAGGUGAGUGAAUGUGCACAGUGUAACGCUGUGUUCAUGGAUGACUGCAUGAGCUGCAGACAAUCGAGGAAUUGUACGGAACCAGGGAGCACCAUGGACCUCUCACUGCUUCGGGCUACUUCUCUGGAAGUUGUCAGAUUUUUGUUGUUAUCAUGAACAAUAGUCAGUCAACCUGUCUGACCAUUAAGUGACUGAAGCUAACUCGAAUGUACUCAUGGGGAAAAUAACAUCUGCUUAAAGAAGAAAGCAGUUGUCGCCGUUGUUAAACUUGAUUGUGCAAUAAAGUGUGUAAACUGAAA